UUUAUCCCCAAGCCAUGCGAACCAGUGCUCCUCUCUCCGCGCUCGUGCUAGCCAAUUAUGUGCUCUUAGCGUUGUCGCAGACAACGACCACCACCAUCACACCCACCAUCUCGACCACAACAUCCACUCGUCCUGGCUUCAAACCCAACUUGGGACCAGACUCGGACGACGCCGCUGGAUCGGCGCCCCUUCCGUUGACCAACCAAGGGGAUUCGACGACGAAGUCGGUCAACCUCGGCGUAGAUUUUGCCAUCGGCAUUUCCGUGUUUAUCCUGUUUGUACUGUUGGCCUUGUUGCGAGCGGUGUACGUGCAGCGAAAACAAGCAGCGGCCGAAGUCGCGAACACUCCCAUCGGAGACUACUCCAAGUUGGAAGACUCAAAGUGAAUGUGUCAGGUCAUACGUCCGUGUUGACAGUCAAGACUAUUAAUCCCUUUAUGUCCCCGAAAAAAUGAAUUCACAUGGUGCUGGGGAGCUGCCAAGCGCCGUCGAUGUUUAAUCGUUUAAUCAUUGGCAGCCUUGCCAUGGGGAA